CGCCUGCGGCGUCUACACGGCGCGCUGCGGCGCGGGGCUGCGCUGCUACCCGCCCCGCGGCGAGCCGCGCCCGCUGCGCACCCUCAUGCACGGCCAGGGCGUCUGCACCGACCUGGCCGACGUGGAGGCCAUCCAGGAGAGCCUGCAGCCCCAAGAGAAGGAGGAGAUCGAGCACCCCAACAACAGCUUCAGCCCCUGCAGCCUCCAGGACCGCAAGUGCCUGCAGAAGCAGCAGGCGAAGCGCGUCGGCAACGGCAACAAGAUGAGGAGCAGCGGGAGCCACCGGGAGGAGAGCCGGCCCAUAGCGCAGGGCUCGUGCCAGAGCGAGCUGCACCGCGCGCUGGAGCGGCUGGCGGCGUCGCAGAGCCGCACGCAUGAGGACCUCUACGUCAUCCCCAUCCCCAACUGCGACCGCAACGGCAACUUCCACCCCAAGCAGUGUCACCCGGCGCUGGACGGGCAGCGCGGCAAGUGCUGGUGCGUGGACCGCAAGACCGGGGUGAAGCUGCCCGGCUUCCUGGAGCUCCCGGGGGACCUGGACUGUCACCAGGCGGCCGACAGCAUGUGAACGUUGCCGCCG